GCGCAGAGUGCUCGGCGGGCGGCGGCGGCCGGGGAGGCCCGGGAGGCCGCGGCGCGGUCACUGCGAGCCGAGCCGAGCCGCGCCGAUCGCCAUCCGGCCCCGGCUCCCUCGCGCAAUCCCGGCCGGUGGCGCGGCCCGGCGGGCCCGGCGGCGCCGCAGCCCAUGGAGCUCGAGAACAUCGUAGCGAACACGGUGCUACUCAAGGCCCGGGAAGGUGGUGGCGGGAAUCGCAAAGGCAAAAGCAAGAAAUGGCGUCAGAUGCUGCAGUUCCCUCAUAUCAGCCAGUGCGAAGAGCUGCGGCUCAACAUUGAGUGUGACUACCACAGCCUGUGCAAGCGGCAGCCCAUCGGGCGCCUGCUGUUCCGAGAGUUCUGCGCCACGAGGCCCGAGCUGACCCGCUGCAUUGCCUUCCUGGACGGGGUGGCUGACUAUGAAGUGACCCCUGAUGAGAAGCGGAAGGAGUGUGGGUGGCGGCUAAUGCAGAAUUUUCUGAGCCACACGGGUCCCGACCUCAUCCCUGACGUCCCCCGGCAACUGGUGACUAACUGUGCCCAGCGGCUGGAGCAGGGGCCCUGCAAAGACCUCUUCCAGGAGCUCACCCGGCUGACCCACGAGUACCUGAGUGUGGCCCCUUAUACCGACUACCUCGACAGCAUCUACUUCAACCGUUUCCUGCAGUGGAAGUGGCUGGAAAGGCAGCCAGUGACCAAAAACACCUUCAGGCAGUACCGAGUCCUGGGCAAAGGUGGCUUUGGGGAGGUAUGUGCCUGCCAGGUGCGGGCAACAGGCAAGAUGUACGCCUGCAAGAAGCUGGAGAAGAAGCGGAUCAAGAAGAGGAAAGGGGAGGCCAUGGCCCUCAAUGAGAAGCAGAUCCUGGAGAAAGUGAACAGUAGCCCCCCCACCAGGUGGCCCACGGCCCCUGCUUCAGGGCUCGGACCCUCUUGGUCACAGGUGAGCUUGGCCUACGCCUAUGAGACCAAGGACGCGCUGUGCCUGGUGCUGACGCUGAUGAACGGAGGCGACCUCAAGUUCCACAUCUACCACAUGGGCCAGGCUGGCUUCCCCGAGGCUCGGGCCGUCUUCUACGCGGCAGAGAUCUGCUGCGGCCUGGAGGACCUGCACCGGGAACGCAUCGUGUACAGGGACCUAAAGCCAGAGAACAUCCUACUAGAUGACCACGGUCACAUCCGCAUCUCCGACCUGGGGCUGGCAGUGCACGUACCUGAGGGCCAGACGAUCAAAGGCCGUGUGGGCACUGUGGGCUACAUGGCCCCAGAGGUGGUGAAGAACGAACGGUACACAUUCAGCCCGGACUGGUGGGCGCUAGGCUGCCUCCUGUACGAGAUGAUCGCAGGCCAGUCACCCUUCCAGCAGAGAAAAAAGAAGAUCAAGCGGGAGGAGGUGGAGCGGCUGGUAAAGGAGGUGCCCGAGGAGUACUCAGAGCACUUUUCCCCGCAGGCCCGCUCGCUCUGUUCCCAGCUCCUCUGCAAGGACCCUGCUGAGCGCCUGGGGUGUGGGGGGGGCGGUGCCCGCGAGGUGAAGGAGCACCCCCUCUUCAAGAAGCUGAACUUCAAGCGGCUGGGAGCCGGCAUGCUAGAACCACCCUUCAAGCCUGAUCCCCAGGCCAUUUACUGCAAGGAUGUUCUGGAUAUCGAACAGUUCUCCACAGUUAAGGGUGUGGAGCUGGAAGCCACUGACCAGGACUUCUACCAGAAAUUUGCCACGGGCAGUGUGUCCAUCCCCUGGCAGAAUGAGAUGGUGGAGACCGAGUGCUUCCAGGAGCUGAAUGUCUUCGGGCUGGAUGGCUCGGUUCCCCCAGACCUGGACUGGAAGGGCCAGCCACCUGCACCCCCAAAGAAGGGACUGCUGCAGAGGCUCUUCAGUCGCCAGAGGUGAGCAGUGUGGGCUCCCCAUGGGUUGGCCUUGCUGCCCGGCCUUGGGGAGCCACAGACAGCCCUUCCAUGGCAGAGGCGAGAUGUGGGCGAAAGAAGUCUGGUGCCCGCUCCCUACCUCCCCCUCCCCACUGCUUCCGUGCCCAGCACCUGCAAGCUGCUAGCCUUGCUUAGCCAUCUGUCUCCCCAUGCCCUGCCUCCACCGGCCCCAGGGGAGAGGGCCCUGGCAGAGCCUGGGAUCCACCUGGUCCUCCUCACUUCAGCCUGUUGCCAGCAGCCUCUGCACUGAUGUCCACACAUGUCUGGCCUGAGCUGCUGCUCUGGGCUCCUCGUGGGGAGCCCCCUCCUUGGAGCACGGAGCUCCUGGUCUGCCCUGGCAGGGCCGGCCCAGGUGACGGCCCUGGUAGCUAACUGCACCUGCUCUGCCUUUCUCCCUCCAUGUCUUCCCCGCCCUCCAGGACUGCUGUGGGAACUGCAGCGACAGUGAGGAAGAGCUUCCCGCCCGCCUCGAGCUCCCCACCCGCCUCGAGCUCCCCACCCGCCUCUAGCCCCCAACCUGAGGCCCCGCCGGGCGGUUGGCGGUAGCAGCUACUCCAAGCGCUGUUUACAGUUUUGCACAGUGGUCUUCCCCAUUGUCCACUCAAGUUGUGGCCUGGGGAACACAGCCGGAGCUGUCCCCAGUGCCCUCUGCCCCUCAGCCCCUGGUCUGGCUGAGUUUGGCAAGGCCUGGACUGUCCCUGGGACAAAGGUGCGUCCCUUCAGCUCUUGUCUGUGGAGCUCGGGGCUUUCUGUAUUUAUGUCUUUGUACGAAUGUAUAUAGCAACCAGAGCGUUCUUAAGACCCACGCUGGAGCCGGCAGAGGGGCUGCUGCCACACUCCAGGCACCUCAGGCCCAGCUCAGACGGGCGAGGUUGGGCCAGGCCAGGCCCCUGGGCCCCCAGCACUGUGCUUGCCACCGCCGACCUCCGAGUGAGACUCGUGCCUGCCCCUGCCGCCCUGGGCUUAGGCCGCCACCUCUGGGGCCCAAUACUGUCCCUUCUCAGCACCUGUCAGAGCUGGAUCUGGGACCUUUCUGUCCCCUAGGCCUGUGCCAAAGUGUGACCAGAGAUUGGGCUGACCCUGGGACCCCUCAGUCCACUGCCCAGGCUGUCCCAGAUGGGUCUGCCUCUGCCUUCCAGCUCCCAGGUCACCUCGUCCCUUGUGCUGGGCCCUGUCCUGAAGACACCUCGUGCAGAAACACCCCAGCCCAGGCCAGGGGAAGGGUAGGGGUGGGGGUGUCCCUGACCAACCCUCAAACAUUCCAGACUCCCCUCAUAACAGACACAUGUGCCCAGCAAUAAUCCACCCCUCCCAGUGUGUGCCUGUGGUGUGUGUGUGUGUGUGUGUGUGUGAGAGAGAGAGAGAGAAGGGGGCAGGCGAGGCUGUGGGCCUGCACCCUAGGCCCCAGCCCUGGCCCCUCCCGGACUGUGAUGGCCAUCCUGGUCCCAGUGUUAGGGUAGCGUGGGAUUACAGGGUCCCAGUUUUUCCAUAUUUAAAGCCAAUUUUUAUUACCCAUUUUGUCCAAUAUAAGCUGCCACAUGUCUCUGUGUGAAUACAGUCCGAGCACAAACCUG